UCCAACAAGUAGGGUUUCGAAGUGUAUAAUUUGUAAACAAUGUAUUUUCAUAAAAUUAUUGGUGUUAUAUACCUGGGGAUUGUUACUGUAUACGGUGCUGGCAUAGAGCGCGUUGAUGAUACCGAUUUAAUACACAUUCUAACCGGCGAAGGCGAUGUGGUUGCAUUGUUUACGCGCGGGAACUGCGCGGAGUGCGACAAAUAUGAAAGCAUUGUUGACAAUAUUCAGGAAGAAGUUAAGCAAUCGCUGGGAGCAUCUGUUGUGCAGGCCCACGAUAGCAAUUUAAUACAUAUCUACGAUCCUAGCAGGGAGCCGGCAUUGUUAUAUUUCCGUCGCGGAAUACCAAUACUCUAUAAUGGAGCGAUUGACGGAGAAGAAAUUAUACAAUUUUUCAAUGAUAACCGUGAGCCAGCGGUGAAGGAACUUUCUGAUGACAACUUCGAGCAUUUGACGCAAGCCUCAACUGGAGCCACUACGGGAGACUGGUUUGUUUUUUUCUACUCCGCGGAAUGUGUGCUCUGCCAGCGUCUAUAUGCCGUUUGGGAGUCCGUUGGUGGCUCACUAAAACGCAAGAUAAACGUGGCACGAAUGAAUUCGCUGGCCGCUGGCUCGUCCACUGCGAAUCGGCUAAAGGUUUCGACAACUCCUGAAUUCGUUUUCUUGCGCCAAGGCAAAAUCUAUCGGUACACUUCGAAGGAAUAUACUCCAAAAGCUUUCAUCGAGUUUGCCGAGGGUGGAUAUAGAAAAAUUAAUCAUCCAGAGACUGUUCCCAAGCCAUCCAGUUUUAUGGAUGAACUAUCUUUUGAACAAGUUAUAGAUUAUAUCAAUAACCAGGGUACGCUUCCAUUGGCAUUUAUUGGGACGCUCAUGGUUUUAUUUCUUCUACUUAUUGUUAAACGUCUGUUUAAAACGCCGUCAAAGAAAGCCGUGAAUAAAAAAGACAAAUAGUUUGGGAAGCGGGUAAAAAUAA